UCGUGACUCUCAUGGUGGAAAAGUGGAAGAGGAGAGAGUAUGACUGUGGAAAGGGAGAGGAAAACCAUUGUGUAAGCAAAGCUAGGAAUAAUAUUGCAUGUUGUGUUUGGAUGCAUGAAGGAGAAGUUGAGUAACUCUACUAGCUUGCAUAUAUUCUUUUCUUUAUUAUAUAUCAAUGUACUGAUGAUUAGUAACCAAAACAUGUACACUCUAUUAGAAUGUACAUAUGAUUUUUUAAUUGUAUAUGAUAAAGUUAUUAAGUAGAAAUAUUUCUCUGGUCUCUUUGUAGCUGUAAAGAGAAUCGGAGAUCAUAUCAGAGUGGUACCGUGGUGGCCGGCGGCGGGUCGGAGUGGUAUGAAGACGCCAACGACGGUGUUUCCUCUUGUAGCCAUUCAAAAGCUACUGAAGUCGAUAUGGGGGAAAUGGAACAUCCAAGCCAUUGUUGUGGCCAGCCUUGCUUUCCAGGGCAUACUGGAAUUCCUUGCGCCGGUGAGAAAACGGAGCAAGAGAAGCUCCACCCACCUCAUUAUCUGGUCUGCGUAUUUACUCGCCGACUACUUCGCCACCUUCUCCAUCGGCCUCAUCAACAGCAGCGCCGAAGACCUCGACCACAACUCAUCCCGCAUCGCCGCCUUCUGGGCACCCUUCCUCCUGCUCCACCUCGGCGGCCCUCACACCAUCACCUCCUUCGACUUAGAGGACAACAAUUUAUGGCACCGUCAUCUCCUCACUCUCUUGGUCCAAGUUCUCUCCGUUCUCCUCGUUUUCUACCGCUUCCAAAUUUUUAUCCACCGGGAGUUACUUAUCCCCACCGGGAUCAUCUUCUUCGCCGGAAUUAUCAAGUACGCUGAACGCACCCGCUCCCUUUAUCUCGCAUCUUUGUCCCAUAUGAAGAAGUCAAUGCUGGAAAGUUCAAGCGACAACAAAUCGUCAUCGCUAAAACCAACAAGCGUUCAAGGAUCAGAGGGGGCGGUGGAUCGCGAACUGGAGAUCAUCCAGAUGGGGUACACGUACUUCCAGUUCUUCAAAGGAUUCAUCAUCGAUCACGGGUUUAGCAACAUUGAGGGAAAACUGGAGGCGGUCAAGAACUUGUUCUUGAAGCUGGAUCAUAAGGAGGCGUAUAAAGUCCUGGAAAUUGAACUCAACUUCAUGUACGACGCCUUGUUCACCAAGAUGGCGGCGGUCCAGUGGAUGAGUUCAUUCGGGUACGGAUACCGGUUUGUGGUCCACCUUUUACUUCUCGCCGUGGCGAUCAUAUUCGUCUUCUUCCACAAGCUCCGAGCUGACGAUCUUGAUAUCUCCAUCACCUAUCUCUUGCUGGGCGGUGCCAUUUUCUUGGACUUCGUAGCGCUCGCGAAGCUCGUGUUUUCUCUGUGGACUGUGGCUAUAAUGUUGGAGGAGGUGGAGAAAUGUAAAGCAAGCCCGCGCAAAGAAGAGGGGAACUGGAUUUCUGGGCUGACGAGAAACCAUAAGAUAAUCAAAACAAUCAAGGCUAUAACUACCUGGAUUUCCUCGAGGCAACGUUGGUCCAACGAAAUCCGGCAGUACAGCUUGAUCAAUCACUCCAUAAAGCAAGGGUGGCCAUGUAUUGAUUCAAUAGCCGAGAAAUCGGGACUCACCGAGCGACUUGACGCGUGUCGGUAUACUGUAACUGAUACUGUUGGGUGCGGCCUGUUGGAGCAGGUUUUCCACUACAUCAAGAAGAAGGCGGAAACCGGUGAGACUAAAGACGGCGGAGAACCACCGGCAACUCGGGAGGUGGUUCGUUAUAAGGAUUACGACGAUUGCGUGUUAAUUUGGCAUGUUGCUACGGAGAUAUGUUAUUUCACCAUAGACAGUGAGAAGGACGAUGAUCCAAACCGGAAAAUAUGCAGAAACAUCUCGGAAUAUUUGGUGUACUUUCUGGUGAUGGAGGGGAAACUCACGUCGACAGUCCCCGGAAACAUAGGAAUGAGAUUCAGAGACAUAUGUUGGGAAGAAGUUAACCACACCCGUGCGGAACUCAAAACCAGGUUAGCCUCUGCAGCUAUUAUUGGGAAAAACAAUUAUUUCUUAGACUGCAUCAAACACAUGGCCUCUGCAAAAAUGGAGGACUUCAAGGAUUUCUGCACCAUCACCAACUGGAAAAACAACAAUGCAGAUACAAAUACAGAUACAGAAGCAUGUGAUAGGAAGCGCAGCACGUGGGAACAAAUCACCAGGAAAUGGGAAGAUAAGAAGCGGAAAGGUGCUUGUGAAUGGCUGAUAAAUGGGUUUACAGAAAAGGAAAACAAAGGUGAUGAAAAUGAUAAUCACCCGAAGUCGAUAUUGGCUGAAGCUGUUAAACUGGCAAAGCAUUUGAAAAGCUGCUGCUGCAGCCCAGGUGAUGUUGAAAAUCCGGCUGCUACAUCAGAAGAACACUACAGCCAUCAUAAUCCAAACAGAGCAGACAACAAUUGUUGUUCGGAGAAGGAAUUGUGGGAAAUUGUGAGACAUGUGUGGGUAGGGCUGCUGUUGUAUGGAGCCAGCCAUUGCAGACACGACGUUCAAUAUCUCAACAAAGGCGGAGAGCUUCUUACGUUUGUGCGCCUUUUGAUGCUUCAUUUUGGCCUCACAGAUGCCUUCAAAAUUGAAGGUGGAUUCAAACUUGAACCGGAAUUGAAGCAAGUAAUUCAUCAACAUAAAAACUUAUCACAUUUCCUUCCUACAAUUAUCUCUAAUUUUUUACCUUAACUCUUGUUUUUGUAUUUAAUUUUUUUUUUUUUUUAAUUUG